UUGAGGCAUAAAACUGAAGGAAAUCAGAUAGGCAUUUUCAGGGACAUUGACAAGGUAGAUGAACAGAUGGCUGACAUCACAGAACAACUGGAGGUGGCUCAGCAGAUCUCUGAUGCCAUUUCUCGGCCUGUGUGCUUUGGAGAUCAUGUGGAUGAGGAUGAACUGUCAGAGGAGCUAAAGGAACUGGAGCAGGAGGAACUGGCCCGGGAGUUGUUACAUGUAGGCGACAAGGAGGAAGAACCCCCAGUCAAACUGGCCCAUGUACCCUCUACACAGCUGCCUGCAGGACCAGCUCCCGAAGCGGAUGAAGAUGAUGAAGCACUAAAACAGUUGGAUGAGUGGGUAUCCUGAUGAGUCUGGGCUUAUCUUCCAGAUGCUGCCCUCAAUGGCCUCUUUUCCUUAAGUGCCAAGUGCUGAGCUAAAGGAACAUAGCCUUUUUGGGAGGCCCUGCUGAGAGUGGUGGUGUAACCCUGCCUGAGAAAAAGGGUCUGUUGCCCUACCAUCCCUGGCUCAACUCUGAAGAAGAGGGAUCUUGGUGCAGGAGGAGCCCCUGGGCUCCCUUCAUUUUGAUAGCAGUUACAGUGCUCUUGUUCUCAAUAAAAUUUGGCAGAUGGAACCCUAGUGCUUACACUGCACCUGAAACUCUCUCCCUG